CGUCUCCCCAGGUGACCCCGCCGGCGUCUGGACAUGCACGGGCACAGCCGCAACGGGCAGGCCCACGUGCCCCGGCGGAAACGCCGCAACCGCUUCGUCAAGAAGAACGGCCAAUGCAACGUGUACUUCGCCAACCUGAGCAACAAGUCGCAGCGUUACAUGGCGGACAUCUUCACCACGUGCGUGGACACGCGCUGGCGCUACAUGCUCAUGAUCUUCUCCGCGGCCUUCCUCGUCUCCUGGCUCUUCUUCGGGCUCCUCUUCUGGUGCAUCGCCUUCUUCCACGGCGACCUGGAGGCCAGCCCGCCAGCGGCGGCGGCGGCAGUGGCGGGGCAGCGCCCGCGGCCCCCAAGCCCUGUAUCAUGCACGUCAACGGCUUCCUGGGCGCCUUCCUGUUCUCGGUGGAGACGCAGACGACCAUCGGCUACGGCUUCCGGUGCGUGACGGAGGAGUGCCCGCUGGCGGUCAUCGCCGUAGUGGUCCAGUCCAUCGUGGGCUGCGUCAUCGACUCGUUCAUGAUUGGCACCAUCAUGGCCAAGAUGGCGCGGCCCAAGAAGCGGGCGCAGACGCUGCUGUUCAGCCACCACGCGGUCAUCUCGGUGCGCGACGGCAAGCUCUGCCUCAUGUGGCGCGUGGGCAACCUGCGCAAGAGCCACAUCGUGGAGGCGCACGUGCGCGCACAGCUCAUCAAACCCUACAUGACGCAGGAGGGCGAGUACCUGCCGCUGGACCAGCGGGACCUCAACGUGGGCUACGACAUCGGCCUCGAUCGGAUCUUUCUGGUGUCCCCCAUUAUCAUCGUGCAUGAAAUUGAUGAGGACAGCCCGCUGUACGGCAUGGGCAAGGAGGAGCUGGAGUCGGAGGACUUCGAGAUUGUGGUCAUACUGGAGGGCAUGGUGGAGGCCACGGCCAUGACCACCCAGGCCCGCAGCUCCUACCUGGCCAGUGAGAUCCUGUGGGGCCACCGCUUCGAGCCAGUGGUCUUCGAGGAGAAGAGCCACUAUAAGGUGGACUACUCCCGCUUCCACAAGACCUACGAGGUGGCCGGCACGCCCUGCUGCUCGGCCAGGGAGCUACGGGAGAGCAAGAUCACCGUGCUGCCCGCGCCGCCGCCGCCGCCCAGUGCCUUCUGCUAUGAGAAUGAGCUGGCCCUUAUGAGCCAGGAGGAAGAGGAGCUGGAGGAGGAAGCGGCGGCCGCGGCAGCGGUGGCGGCCGGCCUGGGCCUAGAGGCGGGCUCCAAGGAGGAGGCGGGCAUCAUCCGCAUGCUGGAGUUUGGGAGCCACCUGGAUCUGGAGCGCAUGCAGGCCACGCUCCCACUGGAUAACAUUUCCUACCGCAGGGAAUCUGCCAUCUGACUUCACUCCUGGCCAGCGCCACCCCCGACUCUCACGCCAGCCACUGCCGGGCGCUGGGCUGCCGGGACAUGCACCGCUUCCCACACUCAGGGCACAGCACAGCCUGGCUGGCUCCAUGGGCCUUCUGGAGGAGGGCCAGGGGCUUCCAAGA